AUGACUCUUCUUCGUUAUUAUAAACCUAUUAAUGCUAAUGUAAAUAAAAGUAAAAAUAAGGAUAAAUUGAAUGAAAAGGAUAAAUCUUUAUCUGAAAGUGAUGAAAGUAAUUUAUCUUUAUCAGAAACUUCUUUAUCAGAAAUUUCUACAGAAGAAAUAGAUGAAAUAGACGAAAAAAAUUCUCAAAGAAGUUCUAAAAAACGAAAAAUUUCAAAAUCUUGUAUAUCAAAAAGAAAAACAAAAGCGAAAAUUAAUAAAAAAGGAUUUCAAAAAAAAUGGCUUAAAGAAUUUUCAUGGUUAAGAUAUGAUUCUAAAGAAAAAAAAAUGCACUGUGAAUUAUGUAGAUUUCAUGGUAUUAAUAUUCCUUUCGCUAAAGAAGGUUCAAAAAAUGUUGGUAAAAAAUCAACAAUUCAAGAACAUAAUAAUAGUGGCGGUCAUAAAGAAGCAUUAAAAAAAGAAAGUAGUAGGCUUGCAAUGGUUAAAGCUACAUCAAAUGCUGUAAAUCAUGCAAAUAAACACGUAGAGAGUUUAAUGAAAAUAAUAUAUUCUAUGGCGCAAAAUAAUCUUCCACUUAACCAAUUUUCACAAUUAGUACAACUUGGACGUGCACUUGAAAGUCCUAAUUUAAUUUCUAACUCAAAUUCUAUAACAUACGAAAAUCCUACUUCUGCAAAAGAUUUAUUGCUAGCGAUAUCUUCAUCAAUUGAAGAGGAAUUAUGGAACGAACUUAAUGAAACUACAAGUUUUGGUAUUAUGGUGGAUGAAAGUACAGAUAUUAGCACAGAAUCACAUAUAAUUCUUUAUGUUAAAUAUUGUUUAAGAGGUUUUAUUAAAGUCAAAUACAUAAAACUAUUACAUUUGAAUGGUAAAGACGCCGAAACUAUUUUUUUGGCUAUAUUUUCUUUAUUUGAAUCUAAAGGUGAGAAUUAUUAUUAA